AUCUUAUAAUCUUUAUCUUUUUUAAAACUCGUAUAUUGUUUUUUUUUUGCAAAGGAUCCUCGUAUUCGAUGUGUUAAACAAAAAUCUCUUGACUUAUUAACAAAUGUAACAACAAUAAAUGAAGUUGGAUAUAUUAUUCUUAAUCAUUAUUCACAAUUUCUUAUUCAACUUCUACAAGGUAUACGUGAUGGACAUUUAAUUGAAGAAAAAAUUCCAUCAUUAUCUGUUCUUAUACGUUUAUGUAAAGUUAUUGUUGAAAAAAAUCUUCUUAGUUAUUAUCAACAUUUAAUUGAUAUGCAAUUUAUUGAUAUAUUAAUUGAUCUAUUUGAAUAUCAACAAUAUAAAUCAAAUGAUUUAAUUAUUUAUUUUAUUAAAUUUGAAUCACUUGCACUUCAAUGUCUUUAUAUUAUAUUACAAUGUGCUGAACAUGUUGAUAUGUGGUCUGAAAAAGCUCAAAUACGUCUAGUGAAUUAUUGUUGUACACUUUUGUAUAAAUCAAUUUUGGAUAAUGAUAAAGAUGAUUAUUCACAACAAAUAGAAAUAAAUCAUAUAAUUUAUGCAGAACAACAUGAAAUAAUUCAUUCAUUAGGUUAUAGUAUAUUAAUAUUUUUAAGUAUUGUUCGAUGUCGAAAAGAAAUUGGAAGAUUUUAUCGUGAAAAUGAACAUUUUAGAGAAUUACUUAAUGCUAUGAAAUAUAAAUAUCAUUCUCGAAAUGAAUAUUUAUCUCGUAAUUCUUCAAUUUCUUGUGCACUUAAUCAACUUGUUAAUACUAUGUUUGAUCGAUAUGAACGAAAAAAACGUAGAAAUUAUCAUCAUUUAUCUACAAAAGAUUAUCCACGUCAUCAUAUUCAAGAUGAAGAUGAAGAAAAUGAUGAAAAUCGACAAUAUCAAAAAUAUUCAAAUUCUUUAUGUCAAAUGAUUGAAAAUAAUCAAAUAAAAUUUGAAGAUUAUCCUAAUUGUCAUAAAUUUGGUUGA